UGAAUUCAGAAAAAGAUGGCAACCAAUAAUUUCCAAGUCCAAAAGUCUUUCUCUCUUGUCAUACUAUUUUCUUUAACUUUCUUCCUUUUGUUAGUCAACAAUGUUAACUCAACUGAAUCCAUUUCCUUUUCCUUCACGAAGUUCAACCCAAACCAAAAAAACCUCAUCUUACAAGGUGAUGCAGCUGUUAAGCCAACAGGGAUAUUAGAACUCACAAAAGUCGAAACUGGAAACCCAGUCUCAAACUCUCUUGGCCGUGCCCUAUAUGCUUCACCUAUUCGCAUUCACGACAACGCCACCGGCAACCUUGCAAGUUUCACCACUUCCUUUUCCUUUGUCCUCAAAGCACCAGACAGACUCAAAGCUGCUGAUGGCCUCGCAUUCUUCCUUGCCCCGGUGGAUACUCACCCGCAAAAACCCGGUGGAUUCCUAGGACUUUUCAAAGACAAAAAUGUCGAUAAAUCUAGCCAAAUUGUUGCGGUUGAAUUCGACACUUUUUUCAAUAAGGAAUGGGAUCCACAAGGUAGACAUAUUGGUAUUGAUAUAAACUCUAUCGAUUCAGUUAAAACUACCUCUUUUGCUUUGGUUAAUGGCCAAGAAGCCAAUGCUUUUAUAACCUAUGAGGCUUCCACUAAAACUUUGUCUGCUUCUUUGGUUUUCCCUUUCCGUCAAACAAGUUAUAUUGUUUCCACUGUUACUGAUUUGAGGGAAACUCUUCCUGAGUUUGUGAGGGUUGGUUUCUCAGCUUCCACCGGUGUUUCUGAAGGCUUGGUUGAGACUCAUGAUAUUCUUUCUUGGUCUUUUCAGUCCAAUUUGGACAACGACAAUGUGCUUCGUAGUUCUGUGUAAUCUCUUGUGCCUGGCUUAAAAAAUAAGACCUGCAACAAUGGUUAAACUGGUUUAUAUAAAAUCCAUCUUGUAAUAAUAAUGUUAUUUUUCAUUGAAUGCUGUGUUUGAGUUCCAUAUUA